AUGGAACUGCACGUGGUACACCAAAGCCCAGACGUUAAUGUGCAAAACAGGACUGCUGUUGUUGGUGUCUUGUACCAGAUUGGACGUCCUGAUCCAUUUCUCUCCAUGUUAAAUGCAAGUAUAUCAUCAGUGAUCGAUAAGAAGGGUGCAGAGGUAAAUUUGGGAGUAAUUAAUCCAAAUGAUAUUCAAUCAGAAAGUCCAAGUUAUUAUAGAUACAUGGGAUCACUUGCUACACCUCCUUGUACUGAAGGAGUUAUUUGGACUGUUAAUACUAAGGUGAAGACUGUUUCAAGAAGUCAAAUUAAUUUGCUCAGAGAAGCAGUCCUCUUCUAUGCUGAAGAAAAUGCCAGGCCAUUGCAAGCACGUAACAAUCGAGAUAUUAUCCUCUACUUCUCCAGAUUUUGA